AUGGAUGAGUUGGAAAAUCGUUGGAAUAAAUUACGGUUGUCCGAGGAGGAAGAGGUGGUUCUGGAUCUCCCCUUCGGGGAGGCUGAGGAUGUGCAAAGAAAGGGUGAACGGAGUCUAAUUGGAAGGAUUUGUCUGGAUCGUGUAGUAGGGAAGGAGAUAGUCAGUCAUUCCAUGGGGAAAAUCUGGAGGAUCAGCCAGCGUGCAGAAUUUCAGGAAGUAGCAAAAAACACAUUCGUGUUGACCUUUGCUACUCAUGCAGACAAAGAUAGAAUCCUGGAGGGAAGACCAUGGCUGUUUGACAAUGGCCUAUUUGCACUUCGACAGUAUGAUAGUACUGUACAACCCUCACAGAUCACAUUCGAGUCUGAAGUUUUUUGGGUUCAGUUUCACAACCUGGCGUUGGGACAAAUGACAAGGGAUUAUGGAUUGCUAAUUGGGCAAUCAGUGGGAAGAGUGAUUGAAGUUGAUACUGCAGAAGAUGGCGUAGGGUGGGGAAAAUUCCUGAGGGUGAAGUUAGAGGUUUCCUUACACAAACCGAUUGCUCGGGGGCGGUUUGUUAACUCAUAUGGCCGGAAGUUAUGGGUGCAAUUUCAGUAUGAAAAACUUCCUCGUAUUUGUUUUAAAUGCGGUUGUUUAAGUCAUGUAGAUGUGGCCUGUCAGCAAGAAGGUUCAGGGGUGGAGAUUGAAGGGGAGACAGCCAUGCAGUUUGGUGCAUGGCUUCGUGCUGAACAUGGUUUCAAACGAAGAUCACUUGUUGCUUCCAGCUAUGACAGUGCAGGGGGAAAGCAGGCACAUACGGCGGCAGCUCAUCGGGAGGAAGGUUCAAUGGGCAGUACAGAUGCUGGUGAACGGCUGCCAGUACCGGAGGAAAACUUGGCACAAAAUAUGGAGGAAGGUGGCAGUUAUGAUAAUAGCGAGAUUAGAGGCUCGAACUCAAAUUUUCAUGAUAAGAUAGAUACUGUUAAAAACUCAAUUGUGAGAGUUCAAACUAGUGAAGAGCAGCAAGAAUCAAGGAAGUUAGUUGCGACCUCUACGGAGCUACAAGAUCCAACUGAGCCAGCUGGAGAGGAUUUUCAAAUUAAUCCUGUAACAGAAAAGGGAGGUAUAGGAGGGGUGGUGGGCUGGGAUGGGCCUGUGGGCCAUAGUGGGAUGUUGGUUGGGCCUGGUUACGAGAAUGAGGCCUCCAUGCAUAGUCUUGAGCAGAAUGUCACGUUGCUGGCCACAUGUACUCACUCUGCCUUAAGGCAACCUGCAGUGCCUACUACAGAAGCUGCUGAGCUUUCUAUCUCGGCUAAAGGAACACACAAGUGGAAGAGACGAGCUCGUUCUAAAGGACAAUCUGCUUCUUGUCUAGAUAACUUGUCUGGUCAGAAGAGGUUGGUUGAUGAGAAUGAUGAGGUUUUAGCUAAGUUGGUGGUUUCAAAGAAAGGCAAGGGUGAUGCUUACCUUCUUAAAGUAUUGGCGGAGGCUGGUUCCCAGCCCCGCCAAUUAUUAUGA